CCCGGGUUUAUUAAGGAGAGCAUCAGCUUCAGGCGGAGGCUCCGGCGUCGGGGCCAGGAGCAUUUCAGGAUCCUGCCGGGGACAAGCCUGAUGCCAGCUUGUUUCUCCGCCUCUUUGAUGCUGAGAGAGGGCAUCUGGGGAAGCCCCAUCAGUAUAGGAAUCUUUCCAAGUCUCACCCCAUUCUGCCCCUUCAGAAGUCUUUAGGGGUCUUUGUACCAUCUGAUCCUCACGUGUCCCUGGAGGAUCAUUAUUUGUAAUUGAGUUGAGGUCACAAGAACACAGAAUGUCAGACCUGGGAGGGACAUCAGAGAUCAUCUGAUUCCCCUGCAAGGGGCCUGAGGCUAGAUUUCAAGUCUGAGAACUUGGAUGAGGGAGAAAAAAAAUCAUCUUUAUAUUUACUCAUCUCUGAUGGAAAUUGAGCAUUUCCUUCCAUUAUAAACACAGAGACAAUGGCCAAGUUUGCCAUGAACCAGAACCUUCCAGACCUGGGCGGCCCCUUUCUAUACAGGGACCAAGAUGGUGGGGCUCGAAGUCCGUACUCGGUGGAGACUCCUUACGGCUUCCAGUUGGAUCUGGAUUUCCUGAAGUAUGUGGAGGAUAUUGAGAGUGGGCAGGGCCUCCGCAGCAGAGCCCCACUGCCCACCCGCCGACCCCGGGGACCCCGGCCUUCUGGCCCCCGAAGUCCCCGAAGCCCAGGACCCUGGACUUCCACAGAGUCUUUAGCGAGUGAGGAUGGGAGGGGAUCAUUGCAGGGCCUGGGGGAGUCUGGAGGAGCCUUGUCCCUUGCCCCAGUGCCUCCCCUUAGCCUCGGCCUCCUGCCACCACCAUCCCCCCGAACAACCUCAGGGAGAAACCCCCGAGUGGAGAAGACGCUGCUGGAGACUAGUCGACGACUGGCUCAGGAGCAGGAGCAGGCGCCGGUCAGCAUGGGCCUUGGCCCUGGGCUGGGCUGGAAGAGCCCACUGAGCUCCGGCCGCAGCAGCCCUGCCCCAGCUGCCAGCCCGGCCCAGCUACAGCAUGUUCGGGAACAGAUGGCGGCUGCACUUCGCCGCCUGCGGGAGCUAGAGGGCCAGGUGAGGUCGCUCCCUGCUCUGCAGCAGCAGCUUCGCGUCUUACGUGAGGAGAGGGCUCGUCUAAUACAGGCUGGGCACCAGCUGGGCCCUGAACCUGAGCUGGAGCUGGAGCCAGACCCCGCAUCUCGGCCUGGGAAACUGGCUGAGUUACGCCGCCUGACCGAAAGGCUGGCCACAUCCGAGAGGGGGACCAAGGCCCGGGCUCAGGCCCAGGGCAUUUCCCGUGAGACGGGCGUCUUAGCUGUGCCUGAGACCCGAGAAGUGGGCACCUCAAUGGCGCUUGAGACGCAGGAAGUGGGCGUGUUGGCAGCAUCUGAGAGCCGCGAGGCAGGCAUACUGGCAACACCUAAGACUUGUGAGGAGGGCACACUGGUGGUGCCUGAGACCCUCGAGACAGCCACGUGGGUGACAGAGGAGCUUUUGGGGGUGCCAGACGCGGCUGAACGGGAACUAGAGAUGCUGAAGAGCAGUCUGGAGCACCAGCGUGGGGUGAGUGCCUUCCUGCAGGGGCGACUCCAGGAGCUAGAGGCUGCUCAGCUCCACAAGGAAGAGGAGGCCCCGGCCCAGUUACGACAAGAGGCUGCCACCCAGACCCCCAGCCACCUGGGGCAGGAGACCAUGGCUGACAAGGGCACACAGGCUGAGCUGGGACCCCCAGAGUGGAGUCUUGCGGAGGCUGCCCUAACUGUGCAAGAAGCCCCCAGUCCAGUGUCAGCUCAGCAGAGCAAGGUCACAGCCCAAGCUGGUACCCUCAGAUCCAUCAUGAAGAAGCGGGACGGAGUGACAGAGCCCAGCUCUGGCCCUAAGAGCCUGCAGUUUGUGGGCGUCCUCAAUGGAGAAUAUGAGAGCUCCUCAUCUAGUGAAGAGGAAGAGGCCAGUGACGGUGACAGUGAUUCAGAGCCGGGGGACCCUGAGGGCUCCUCAGAUGACAGCUCUGGCUCUGCCAGCCACUCCCCACCUCACUCCCCAGUGAGCGGCUCCUCUGGUGUCCAGGAGCAGCCAGAGCCUGGACAUGAUGCCCCUGACAGCCGGGAGAAGUUUGAGCUGAGUCCCCGCCUGAAGGAGGCCUGCCUGGUGCUCCAGAAGCAGUUGAGCCAGCCCAGGGGCAGCCGGGACCGGGAGGGGGCUGCCUGCACUUCACGCUUGGUGCAGCAAGAAUGGUUUCGUGUGUCCAGCCAGAAGCACUCCCGCCCCGGGCCUGUGGCAGCCCUCCUGGCCACCCUAAAUGCACACUCGCCAGCCUUGCUGGCCCACGUGGUCAACCUGGCCGAUGGGAAUGGCAACUCGGCCCUGCACUACAGCGUUUCCCAUUCCAAUUUUGACAUUGUACGCCUGCUGCUGGAUACGGGAGUGUGUGAGGUGGAUCAUCAGAACAGAGCAGGGUACACAGCCCUCAUGCUGGCUGCUCUGGCCUCUGUGGAUGGAGAGGAUGACCUGGAUGUCAUUAGGAGGUUGUUCAGUUUAGGAAAUGUCAAUGCCAAAGCCAGCCAGGCAGGGCAGACAGCCCUGAUGUUGGCAGUGAGCCAUGGACGGCAGGAUAUGGUGGCUGCCCUGCUGGCUUGUGGGGCUGAUGUGAACCUGCAGGAUGAGGAAGGUUCCACAGCCCUGAUGUGUGCCAGUGAACAUGGGCGUGUAGAGAUGGUGAAGCUUCUCCUGACCCAGCCAACCUGUGACCAGGCUGUCUUGGACAAUGAAGGCACUAGUGCACUGGCCAUAGCCCUGGAAGCUGGACAGGAAGAAGUUGCUGCUCUGCUGCACGCACACUUAAGCUCAGCUAAACCAGGGCCUUUGACACCACCAGCCUCUCCUGAUUCUGAGAGCAGCGAUGCUGAUGACAAGUGUGAGAGCAAGCAAGAUGCUGGACCAAUGUGAUUGGCCACAUCAUCUCCCUGGUCCCAUCCCAGUUAAACAUCAUUUGAUGCUCUGUUCUCUUUCCACUAACCCAUUCGAUAGAGAAUAACAGCCUGGACCUGUAUAGGCUCCAAAUUAGUGUCCUACAAAGCACCUUAAAGUGAAAAGCCUUUACAAAUUGGGGGGAGCAGGCACAACUGAACUCCAGGGUUCUCAGGAAUUAGGGACUUGAUCAGAAGAUGGAAAUAAAGUUAGCUCAGGGAAGGGUUAAAGUCACCCAGCAAUAACUUUGCUUUCCCCAGUUCCAAGUUUAUAAAAGGCCAACAGAUCUAAAGAAAGAACCUCAAAAAUCAUCCCUAGUACUUCUCAUUAUGGGAACGGCUAGUUUUUUAUUUUCUCCAAGUGUUCCACCCAGCCACCAUGCCAUUUAAAAUGGUUUCUCAUUCUUAGUUCCUUGCCAACUCUUACUGAAAAGCCCUCCAAGUCACUCCACUCAGGACUCAGAAGGGGAAAAGGAUGGCAGCAGUACAAAGCACACCAAUUGCAUGUCUUAUUGCAAUGUCAGGCCUCCUUUUCUUUAUGUACUCCUUUCUAUGAGGUUUCUCCUGCUUUAGCUCUUGCAAGGCAGGAGCAAGUUAGCUCUAUGGUCCUCACCCCAGUCCAAAAGUCCUUGAAUAGCCCUGCCUCAGUACUGUCCUGUUCUGAGGUAGGAAGUGCCCAAUCCGAUCUGGGUAAAUAAAAACUUUUCAAUAAAAUGUAAUUA